UCUUUACUUCGAGAGGAGGACUUGAUCUCCUCAGAGGAGGAUGGAUGUUUCGUUCUUCUGAAUUGCUAGUUGCGUCCGCUUCUGCCGGAUUCCGAGGAGAUAUAGAGUUAGAGAAUUGGGAAUCAGCUUUAACGCGUUGUAGAAGAUGUUCUUUAACCUGUCGUGUCCUAGUGCUUAACAGGGAAGCCAGUGCUAUGGCAAGUGUAGCAAUUAAACUGGCGAGGGAGAAGGCUGUCUUGGAAGGCCUGGGUUCCAAUGGGAAUGCAGUGAAGUACUUAAAACAGGAUUUUGAGGCUCUGAAGAGGCAAUGCUUACAGUCUGGUACUCUCUUCAAAGAUGAGGAAUUCCCCGCUUGUCCUUCUGCUCUUGGCUAUAGGGAUUUGGGGCCUUAUUCUCCCAAAACUCAAGGCAUUAUCUGGAAACGGCCUCCGGAUCUAGUCCCCAGUCCCCAGUUCAUUGUGGGAGGAGCCACUCGUACAGAUAUUCGUCAAGGGGAACUAGGAGACUGCUGGCUUUUGGCAGCCAUUGCAUCUCUCACACUGGAUCAAGAAAUUUUAGACCGGGUUGUUCCCCAAGAUCAGAGCUUUCAGAAGAACUACGCUGGGAUUUUUCACUUUCAGUUCUGGCAAUAUGGAGAGUGGGUAGAUGUCGUUAUUGAUGACCGUCUCCCCACCAAAAAUGGACAGCUCCUUUUCCUACAUUCGGAAGAAGGCAAUGAGUUCUGGAGUGCCCUGCUGGAGAAGGCCUACGCCAAGUUGAAUGGCUCAUAUGAGGCUCUUGCUGGAGGAUCUACUAUAGAAGGUUUUGAAGAUUUUACUGGUGGCAUUUCUGAAUCAUAUGAUCUGAGAAAACCUCCGUCCAACCUGUAUCUAAUUAUCCAGAAGGCCCUACGAGCUGGUUCAUUGCUGGGUUGCUCCAUUGACAUUACCAGUGCAGCUGAAACAGAAGCAAUCACAAGUAGGAAGCUGGUCAAGGGUCAUGCUUACUCUGUUACUGGAGCAGAAGAGGUUAACUAUCGUGGCCGCCUGGAGAAACUAGUCAGGAUAAGAAAUCCAUGGGGUGAAAUGGAGUGGACCGGGGCCUGGAGUGAUAAUGCUCCAGAAUGGAAUUAUAUUGACCCCAAACAAAAAGAUGCUCUCGAUAAACAAGCAGAUGAUGGUGAAUUUUGGAUGUCCUUCGUAGAUUUUCAGAGGAAGUUUACAAGACUUGAGGUCUGCAACUUGACUCCCGACACCCUGACAAAUGAUGAUGUCCACAAAUGGGGCAUGAUUUUGUUCAGUGGAAACUGGCGACGGGGCUCUACAGCUGGUGGCUGCCAAAAUUAUCCAGCAACAUACUGGACCAAUCCCCAGUUUAAAAUUAGGCUGGAUGAGCCAGACGAUGACCAUGAAGGAAGUGGGAGUGAACCACGUUGCACCGUCAUAGUGGGCUUGAUGCAGAAGAACCGCAGGAGGCAGAAGAGGAUGGGAGAAGGGUUGCUCAGUAUUGGCUACUCCCUUUAUCAGGUGCCAAAAGAGUUGGGAAAUCAAACUGAUGUUCACCUAAGCAGAGAUUUCUUCUCAACUAACAGACCUGUAGCUCGCUCCGACACAUACGUCAACUUGCGCGAAGUCUCAAACCGCUUUGAGCUACCUCAGGGACAAUACCUUAUUAUACCAUCCACCUUUGAGCCUUUCAAAGAUGGGGAGUUCUGUCUUAGAGUCUUCUCUGAGAAACAGGCCAAAGCUCAGGAAAUUGGUGAUACUGUGGCUGCAGUUCCAUAUGAGCCUCAUGUUGCAGGCAAGGACAUAGACAGCGAGUUCAAGAGCCUGUUUCAAAAGCUUUCUGGAGAGGAUUGUGAAAUGACUGCAAAUGAACUACAGACUGUUCUGAACAGAGUUAUAUCAAAGAGAACAGACAUUAAAAGUGAUGGAUUCAACAUAAACACCUGCAGGGAGAUGAUCAGCCUCUUAGAUAACCAUGGAACUGGUACCUUGGAUCUUGUAGAAUUCAAGAUACUUUGGAUGAAGAUUCAGAAAUAUCUGGACAUCUAUAAGAAAGUGGAUACUGACUACUCUGGGGCCAUAGAUGCACAUGAAAUGAGAAACGCUCUCAAGGAAGCAGGCUUUACUCUUAACAACAAAGUCCAACAUAGCAUAGCUCUGCACUAUGCGUGCAGCAAGUUGACCAUCGACUUUGAUGGCUUCAUAGCCUGUAUGAUUCGCCUAGAGGUUCUCUUCAAAAUGUUUCAGAUGCUAGACAAGGAUAAACGAGGAGUUGUCCAGCUCUCUCUGGCAGAGUGGCUGUGUUGCACAUUGGUUUAAGGCUGCAUUUUGGAAUUCAUUGAGAGCUCCACAGCUAAUUUUUCUGCCAAGGAGCUUCUGCAAAAGUAUUUAUACAGCUGAAAGAUAUGGAGAAGGAAAUCAAUUUCUGUGUCUAGCAAUACUUUUUAAUGUAAAAGGAUCACUCAGAAAAUAAACAAGCAUAUA